UCGACUUGGGCUUGGCAAGAAAUUUACCCUCUCUAUAAGUAGAGCAAAAGUUUAUAAAACCGAGGACUGCAAGCGACGCGCUUCUAGUUUGGUCCAGAACUUCUCAUCUAUUGAUCCUCGUACAAUUUGACGGAAAGGAAAUCAUGUUCAGAAUAUUGAUACCAUGCUUAAUAUGGUUGUCAACGGUGCGUUCGGAGGCUGGGAUGCAGAUGAACAUGCCGGAUGAGCCGCUGAUGGACAGAGCAGCGGAUACUUCGAUACUAAAGGCAAAGAGAGAGUCCAUUCAUCAGCCUUGCGGACCAAUUUACUCGCAUGUUCCCACUUAUUCGCCGCCAUCCGUUUACGUUAAGCCCUUGCUACAACAAGCUUAUCUGAAAAAGGAACUGGGGGUAGCACAACCCUUAGCUCAUUUGCAGUAUAUUCAACAACCGCCCGCUUAUGCCGUGGUACCGAAACCAGCCGUCACAUAUGUGAAGCCGGUGACAUCUGCGAUAAAUUAUCACCCAGUGCAUCAACCUGUGCAGUACAUCAAGCCCGUGAUGCCCAUUGAUCAGAAGCCUUUGCUGUCAUACGCGCCAGUCUAUCAAAAAUCAUUGUAUUCUUACGCACCUAUGUAUCAGCAACAGCAACUUAUGUAUCAUGACGUGAUGCCGAAAGUCUUCCUCAAGAAGUAUGAAACACCUGUCGCUCAAAUUGCUUAUCAAAAACCAUUGGUCCAUACUCCCGUUCAGUACGCGGCGCCGAAGGUGGUGCAGAUACAAGCGCCGCAGUUGUCCUAUGCAAAACCCGUUGUUCAUGUUCCAUCACCCUUAUAUGCCCCGCAACCCGUUCAUAAUUCUGUCAUAGUUAAGCCGCAUUGUGUAUAGAUGACUCGAUUGCGCGCAACGUAGAUGUAGAGCUUUACAGAAUUUGAGAACUCUUAAAUAUUCAGCGAGCAGUUUUAUCAUCGAUUGGCAUUUAAACAAAAAAUAACGCCGAUAGAUUGCAAUAAAUAAAAAUGUGUAAAAUUUUAGCUUGAUAACAUAAUGCGUUUAUAUAAUACACACACCCAUCUCUUAUCGAAUCAAAUUAUAAAAAAACAGAUUGUCAAAAAUGAUAAAUUCAAUCUAAAACAUAUAAUAAAAUUAUUUUUCUUUUUCAA